UCCAUCACUGGUGAUGAGGAGAGGUUCAGCUGAGAGGUGCAUAAAAAUAUUUUAAAAAAGAAUCCUCCACUACUAGAUUAGCUAUUGGGGAAGAGAGGAGGGCAGCUGAUAGAGAGAGAGAGAGGAGCGCAGAGAGAGAGAGAGAGAGGGGCAUAAUUCCACUCACACUGGCCAACCACAGGACAUUCUCUCUCUCCCUCCCUCCUCUUUGCUCAAGCAGAAGCGCUCCUCCUCAUCUUCUUCCUCCCAUAUCUCCUCAAACUCCGACGACAUCCAACAAGCAAGAAUUGUGGGGGUAGCGAAGGAAUUGGAGGAGAUCUUGCAUGGAUGCAGCCCACUGGCAGCAGAGCCUAGGGCUGGUGAAGCCCAUGGAGGAGAUGCUCAUGGCUGCCAACGCGGGCGCCGCCGCGAACACGAGCCAGGGCUCCAAUCCGAACCCGCCGGCGCCCUCGUCGGUGGCUGGGGGCGGCGCCCUGCGCGCCCCCGCACCGCCGGCCGUGGCGGGCGCGGGUAGCACGGAGCGGCGCGCGCGGCCGCAGAAGGAGAAGGCGCUCAACUGCCCGCGGUGCAACUCCACCAACACCAAGUUCUGCUACUACAACAACUACAGCCUCCAGCAGCCGCGCUACUUCUGCAAGACGUGCCGCCGCUACUGGACGGAGGGCGGGUCCCUUCGGAACGUGCCCGUCGGCGGCGGCUCCCGGAAGAACAAGCGCUCCUCGUCGUCGUCCGCGUCUGCCUCCACCUCCGCCUCGGUCACCAGCUCGUCUAUGACCAGCACAGCCGGGGCGGCGUCCAAGAACCCGAAGCUGGCGCACGAGGGCGCGCAGGACCUUAACCUGGCGUUCCCGCACCACGGCGGCCUGCACGCGCCCGAGUUCGCGGCGUUCCCGAGCCUGGAGAGCAGCAACGUGUGCAACUCCGGUGGCGCAAUGGCGGGCAACGGCCGGGGCGGCGGCGGCGGCGCGGGGCCCGCGGUCGGUGCUCUCUCGGCGAUGGAGCUGCUGCGGAGCUCCGGCUGCUACAUGCCGCUGCAGAUGCCCAUGCCGAUGCCGGGAGACUACGCGGCGGCAGGGUUCGCGCUCGGAGAGUUCCGCGCGCCGCCGCCGCCACCUCCACCGUCACAGAGCGUGCUCGGGUUCUCGCUGGACGCGCACGGCCCGGGGCCCGGUGCUGCCGCGUCCGGAUACGGUUCCAGCGCGGGGUUGCCGGAGAACGCGGGCAGGUUAUUGUUCCCGUUCGAGGACUUGAAGCCGCCGGUCAGUUCUGGAGGAGGCGGUGUGGCCGCUGGUGCAAGCGGUGGCGCCGGCGAUGGAAACAGCGGCCAUCCUCAAUUUGACCACAACAAGGAGCAAGGCGGUGGAGGCCCCAGUGCCGGGCACGACACGCCGGGAUUCUGGAACGGCAUGAUCGGCGGCAGUGGCGCUUCUUGGUAACGCGGCGGCGCCAUGCAUGGCUCAUGCAAAGGCCCCGUGCGAGCGUGCAUGGGCGACUGGAGACCUAGGCAUGCAGUAGAGACAAGGGUUCAAUAAGAGGUUGCCAUUGGUGGUGGUCGCCGUGACAUGGGAGUGUUUGGUCUCUUUCCUGGAGUUGGUUCUUGGUGUUCUUCGUCGCGAGUUCAUGUGUGUUUUUGCUGACCAUCGACUUAAUUGGGGCUCUAACACAUCAGAGAGUACAAUGUUCAGGGGUUAUGAUACAUAGUAGCUUGAUCGACAUCUCUUGGUCGUUCUCUCUCUCUCUCAUUUCUGAUCUUUCACUUGAUCUGCCAUGGUAGCUGCUUCACUGUAGCACUGGGGCAAUUGGGAAGCUUCUUUUUUAGGCCGGCUUCGAGUUAGAUGGUACAUCGUAAUAGUACUAGUACAUUUUGUGUGAGGAUGAAUGGCUGAAUGGCACAAGGCCAGUGUGUUCACGCCACACACUGACAACAGGGUUUAGUGGAGCAGUGUGUUUGGUUGGUAACAACAAUGUAUGCAGUGCGUGAACUUUAUUUGAAGCAACUGGUUGUAGAAAUAGAUCUUAAUUUCAAGGGGAUUUGCAAGUUUGUAUUGUUCCAAAGAAUAUCAGAUAUUGUUUUUUUAUUUUUUUAACUUGCUACUUUAAUUAUGAUGUGUAGUCUCAUAUAUACUAGAUACUAGCACCUUUUAUUUCAGAACAAAGGUUUUCACGAGCG